AUGCCCCUGACCAGACACGCCGCCGAUCCAUUCUGUGUGGUGACGGUCAUUCUAGUCUCCUUCUUCAUAGCUCUUGGUCUGUUUUGCAUCUCUUACUCAGCCUAUUUCCGCUACCACAUCCGGAAGCAAGGGCUUCUCCAACUCGGGUAUUUUAAUGGUCCUUGGGUUACGCGGAUUGCUUUCAUUCUAAUUGCUAUUUGGUGGUGCAUUGGGGAGAUUGUCAGACUAAGUUUUCUGAAAGGGAGUGGAAGACUUUUUAGCAGUCCAACAUGGCAGAAGAACGUCUGCAAGUACUACAUCCUCUCGAACAUUGGACUUGCAGAGCCAAACUUGUAUGUCAUGCUACUCUUUCUUCUACAAGCCUCACUGAAGAAGAGGGAGUUAGGUCCACUGAGCCCACGAUGGAAUGGGAGAACUGUCAGAUGGGCUCUGCUUCUCAGUCUUCCCAUGUUCAUUUUGCAACUUUUCUUGGUCUUUUUCGGAUCCAAGCUCUUCAACAAAGAGGGAGACGAUGAUCCGAAGCUGGCGAACUACUUCUGGAGUACUUCAGCUUUGACAGAAGACGGCAGUACCUGCACUUACCCUUUGUUGAGCACGGCUCUUCUUGGUCUCUAUGAUAUCAUCCUGAUUGGCCAUGUUUCUUAUUUUGGUACCAAGAUAGUAUCUCUCGCUAUUAACAAAGGACUGCAAAAGAGAGUUUACAUUCUGGUAUUCUCAGCUAUCCUUCUUGUUACCCUGAGAGUUAUUCUCCUGGGAUUUACUGUUCUACCAAGGCCAGCCAGCUUUACUUUUGAGGCUCUCACCUUCUUGGGCUUCCUCAUGCUGUUGAUCUUUGUCUCAGUGGGCACAUGUGUUCUAGUCUACUGUCCCAUUGCAGAUGCACUGGCCUUACGACGAGUUGUGCACUUCAACAUUGAAGAGUUGCCCUUCGAUGACUACUACCACGAUGGUGCAUCUCUCAUUACUAACCAGAGCCAGCUUGAGAUGAUGAGUAGAAACUCUGAUGCAUCUACAAAAAGGGGUUCAAUAUCUUUCCGCACUAUGAUCAAGGAUGAGUCUCCAGGAGCAGAUGUCUCUGAGAAUAUAGGUCAGUUUUGUCUUCCUAGUCUUCACAUUGUUUCACCACCUGGGUCACCAUUGUUCCCAGGCAGGUCCAUGGUUCCCCAUAGACAAGCGCUGUGA